AGACAACAUGGGUCUCCUGGACCCAGCCACCAGCGAUGGACGCGUCAUCUUCUUCCUGCCCUGGGAGAAGAUGACCAUCGCCGGGACCACGGACACGCCCACGGAGAUCACACCGCACCCCAUCCCCAUGGAGGAGGACAUCAACUUCAUCCUCACGGAGGUCCGCAACUACCUCAGCCCCGAUGUCGAAGUGAGGAGAGGAGAUGUUUUGGCAGCCUGGAGUGGUAUUCGUCCGCUGGUCACAAACCCCAACUCCAAGGACACUCAGUCAAUCUGCAGGAAUCAUAUUGUCCACAUCAGUGACAGCGGGCUGGUCACCAUCGCUG